AUCAGUAGCAGUACCUGUAAAUAUCGAGAACUCAUUGAACUGUGAUAAUAGUGAUAAUCUUUCACCUAAAUUAUUUAGUGUGAGUUGUACACUCAGUAAACCGUGAAAAUGUACAAGUUAUCCGCCGCAAUAGUGUUUAUAUUUUUAUUUUUCCAAAACGGGGCGUCCGACCAACUAUGUUCCGUAAGAAAAACCGAAAAUUAUUGUGUCUGUAAACGUGUUACAAGCCAAGACGAGAGUUCAGUGGUUACGGAAGCAGACUGCUCUAGAAUACAUCUACAGAGUGUGCCAAGUCAGGAUCAGUUGACUGCUGAUUUAAACUUGUUGGAUUUGUCGCACAACGAAAUCCAAGAACUGGACGAAAACAAAAACAAACUUUCCAGCCGCACCUUACAGACUUUGAUAUUAUCAUACAACGAAAUCAGCUCUAUUAGUGACAAAUUUUUCAGCGAAAUCCCCGAUCUAAGAAAACUGAUUUUGAGUCACAACAAGAUCACUACCUUGGAUAAUAGAGCCCUUUUCGAAAACUGCCAAAAACUGACAUACUUGGACUUGAGUUUCAACCACAUUAAUACAAUUCAAAUCGACGUCUUCUUGCCACUAGUUCAACUCCAGUUUAUAGAUUUGAGCUACAACGACAACGCUCUUGGUGAAUGGCUGACCCAAAAUUCGGAUUUCUUAACCCACAAGCUCGGUCUUAGUUUGAACAUUUCAACAAUCAAGUUAGAUAAUUUGAACUUAACCGAUCUCGGGAAUUUAUAUUUCGUUAAUUACACCAACUUGAAGCACCUUUCACUGGCCGAUAACCACUUCCAGGAAGUCCCCCGGGUGCCGUACUCUGUAGAAUAUUUAGACCUCUCUGGUUCGGAUAUCUCAGUCCUUGAAGUGAAACAGUUGAGUUAUCACUCUUUGAAAACCCUCAGACUCGAUCGAAUGAAAAAACUGGAAAAUAUUCAUCCGUACGCUUUCUAUAAUUUGGAAGCUCUCGAGGAGUUGUCGAUUCGGAAUUGUAACAAUUUGAAAGAAUUUAACGAGCUGGUGUUCGGGGCGAUGUUUAAGAAUAUGGUUUCUAAGUUGAAGAGAUUGUCGUUGUCUGGAAAUGCGUUACAGCACUUGAAUAUCACCUACAAGUAUCUUUUUAGGACGCUGGAUUUGGUCGAUUUGACGGAUAAUCCGUGGACUUGUGACUGCGAUUUGUUGUGGCUUCAAGAAGUGGACAAUUUGUACAAAAGCGAUAAGAUUAAAUGUACAUCUCCGACCACCCUCAACUCGAAGAAGUUAAUCGACGUAACUGAGCGAAACGUGCCGUUGUGCUACCCCCAAAAAUUCGGGAAAAAGUCCCACAGGAUUUUAAUUUCGUUCCUGUCGCUGCUGGUCAUUCUUCUAGCGUCCCUGGUGGCUUAUUUGAUUUAUUAUGCGCCAAAAUGGUACAACAACGGUUCCAGAAGGUUGGGUCCCGAGUCCCCCUACAACGUCGCAAGAAACGACCUAGACUGAUUUUUAAUGAUAAUUUUAACGUUGUAAGAAUAAAAGUGUUGCUAAUACAUAA